AUGAAUAUUUCUCAGAUUGUACCAAAGAAAUGUCAGAAGGCUCGAGAACACUUUGGUACAGUGAGAACACAGCUGGAAUCUCUGAAGACCAAGUUCCCUGCUGAUCAGUAUUACAGAUUUCAUGAGCACUGGAGGUUUGUACUUCAGCGGUUGGUGUUUCUGGCAGCGUUUUUAGUCUACUUGGAGUCAGAAACAUUAGUGACCCGAGAAGCUGUUGCAGAAAUACUUGGGAUUGAAGCUGAUCGAGAGCGGGGCUUUCACCUGGACAUUGAAGACUAUCUUUCUGGUGUAUUAACUCUCGCCAGUGAGCUGGCCAGGCUGGCAGUCAACAGCGUCACGGCCGGUGACUAUUCUCGCCCUCUCCGCAUCUCAACUUUUAUCAAUGAGCUGGAUUCUGGCUUCCGUCUCCUCAACCUGAAGAACGACUCCCUGAGGAAACGUUACGAUGGCCUGAAAUACGAUGUCAAGAAAAUUGAGGAAGUGGUUUACGACUUGUCAAUCAGAGGACUCAAUAAGGAAGCAACAGUUGGUGUGGGUGGAGAGAAAUGAAGGAUGCUCGGUUUAACAGCAUCAUUGAUUACCUCAGAUGGUUGCCAAUUUAGGAAGCAUGCUAGCGAAGCCUUCCUACAGUAGUUUAGAAGAACUGCAGCUGAAAGCUGCUCUCUAUUUUCUUACAAAAGGUGUAGUACGGGUGUUAGAUCUCAAAAUGUUUUGUAAAAUCACGUCUAGAUUAGGGCAGGAGGCUCUCUGGUUCCAGUGGAAUUCCUCUGUCAGGACGCGGGGUGCCGUUCUGCGCACAGCAGCAAUAGUAGUCGCUAACUCCCAUGAGCUCAAAUUCUCGUUAGUUCUCUAGUGUUGCUUCACUGCUCCGGCAGUGAUGUGCUUCAGCUGCCCCUGCGCACACCCCU